UCGAGUGCGAUAACAGUACAAGAACGCGUGCCUUAUGUAUAACCUUUGAUUCGAUGCGAUCUCUUCUGUAAUCACAGUCCGCGCAGUCAGUUCUCGGUGCACUGCAGUUGGCUGCUACACGUGACCACUAAUUCCGGCACACCACCCGCAAGGAGGACAAACCUGAGACUCGAAAUUGGAGCGGUUUCAUACGAGAGUUGAAAAUCAAACCUUCCCGCCCUCUUACCGGUUUGGCGGCCCUCGAGAAAAAACUGACCGCGCAAGUUUUGGUUCUAGCAUACGCCCCAAUAACUGCUGUCGCCCGCAUAACCAGAAAUCCGAACCAGAUCAGAACAGUGGUCGCGCAGCUAUGGCGGAGGGCAAAUCGGAGAAGUCGCCUUUUAUUGGCCGGCAACAGGCACCGGUGACGCUGAAUCCUUCGUGGGAAUCCAAGCUGCCGCCCCAUGACUCCAAUGGCAAGGGAUCCCAGUCAAUGUUGGGAAAACUGGGCCUGCCAGCGCCCAAGGACAAGUAUCUCAUUGUGUUUUUUAUAUUCCUGCUGCACGGCGUGGGAACGCUGAUGCCGUGGAACAUGUUUAUCACCGCCAAGUCCUACUUCGAGGACUUCAAGUUCGGGACCAACAACACGGUGGCCACCGACGUGAACUACCGUACCCACUUCAUGCAGAACAUGAGCUUCGCCUCGCAGAUUCCCAACCUGAUCUUCAACUGGCUUAACAUCUUCGUCAACUUCGGCGGCGACCUGACCAGCCGGAUCGUGUACAGCAUCAUCUUCGAGAUGGUCAUUCUGCUGGUGACCAUUGUGUUGGCCAUGCUGGACUCGUCUCAGUGGCCUGGCAUCUUCUUUUGGACCACCAUGGUGUGCAUUGUGCUCCUGAACGUGUGCAACGGCAUCUACCAGAACACCAUCUACGGCAUUGUGGCCUCGCUGCCCAUCAAGUACACGGGUGCCGUGGUGCUGGGGUCCAACAUCAGCGGCUGCUUCACCUCCGCCAUGGCCCUGAUCAGCGGCGAGAUUUUUGACUCCAAAAGAACCGCGGCUAUCUACUACUUCGUUACGGCCAUUCUGGUGCUCCUGCUCUGCUUCGACACAUACUUCGCCCUGCCCCUGAACAAGUUCUUCCGGCACUACGAGACCAUCAGCCGGAGCAGCGAGAAGAAAUCGGACUCCAAGCAACAGCUGAACGUGCCCUACUGGCAGAUCUUCAAAAAGUCCUCACCGCAGCUGCUCAACAUCUUCCUAACGUUCUUCGUGACCCUUUCGGUGUUCCCGUCAAUCCAGUCGAACGUCCAUCGCUCAGACCCGGAUUUCAUUUUCGGCCCAAAUUACUUCACACUUUUCACCUGCUUUUUGACCUUCAAUGUGUUCGCGAUGCUGGGCAGUUUAACUACAUCCUGGGCUCAAUGGCCGGGUCCAAGGUUCCUGUGGGUGCCAGUGGUGUUGCGCCUUGUAUUCAUUCCCCUGUUUGUUAUGUGCAACUACACCCCACCGGACAAAGUGCGUGCUUUGCCUGUCUUUAUCGACAACGAUUGGGUCUACUGGGGCAUCGCGAUCGUAAUGGCCUACAGUUCCGGGUAUCUCAGCUCUCUGGGCAUGAUGUACGCCCCGCAAACGGUGCACGCCAAGUACCAAACCACAGCCGGAAUGUACGCAGCUGCCAUGCUGAUCACGGGCAUCUUUUCCGGAGUGCUGUUCUCGUAUCUGGGCCCGUCUUUUGUCAUUUAGUCUUAAAUGCUUUGUUCGUAUAACACUUACUAACAAUUAACCAUUUCAUUGUUCAUUUUGUAUCACGAUUUUGACCCAUAUUAAAUUUAUUUUUGGGCUCAAGACCAGUUCUGGAACCUGGUUAGAUGGUUUCGUUUUAACCAUUAAUUUCAACACUUUUUAUUUAAUAAAUUUUUUUAAGUUCUAUUUUAUUAGAAUUUUACAAA